AUGCGUUAUUUCAACGACUUCCAAACCGCAAGUGAGGCUGCCUCGAACCCGGACGUGUCUAAACAUGACCUCUUUGGUUUUGGUGCGGGGCGGAAGAUUUGCCAGGGAAUGCAUGUUGCAGAGCGUUCUCUCUUUCUUGGAAUUUCACGUUUGCUAUGGGGCUUUGGGUUCGGCAUAGCCCGUGAUGCGCAGGGAAACGAAAUUGUCCCAGACCCAGAGAAGUUGAAGGAAGGGUUGGUUGUUUUGCCGUAG